UAGCUUCGAGUUGUAAAUAAAUAGAACUGCUUCGGCACUUUCUGUUGGUUCAUUGCACAAUUGCUUUAAAUAAAAUAAAAUAUUUUACGCAGAUUCGAAAUCUACGCUUAGCGUAAGUUAAGCAAUAACAGGGCAUACAAAAUGCUGUACUGCCCACCUAAUGUCACGCUUAGCGAGAUUUGGACCAAACAUGGAAUCUCGCAUUGCUUUAUGGACACUGUGGGACCGGCAAUUUUCGGAGGAUUCCUGCUUCUCUUUGGGAGUAUCCAGCUCUUGAUGUAUCGCAAAUAUGCCACACCCAUGGACCCCACUCAAAUAUCAAAAUCUCGACUCUAUGCUGUACAAUUGUUUUUGCUGCUCUUUGUACCCGUUCUCGCGCUAUUGCGUUUCUUUUUGAAUGCUCGCAUUUAUGCAGAAAGUGCAGUCUAUGGCUAUAUGAUAUUUUACACAUGUGUCGUGUGUUUCGCGUAUCCAUUUUCUAUUUGCCUCAUAGUCAAGGAACGACACUACCAAUUGCCUUCUCUUCCGACUCGGGGGCAUGGUCUGAUUUUGUUGCUCUUUUGGACUUUGGCGCUGAUCAAUGAAGCACUGGCAAUCGUGAACUUAGGCCAUGAGGACUGGUGGUUUCAUUUAAGGAACAAUAAAGAUGAAAUCGAAAUGGGAAUGUUUGUUACACGAUCACUUUGUGCGUUACUUAUUUUUGUACUUGGUCUAAAGGCACCAGGUAUUAUGGCACCAUACAAUCCUCAUCAGCGUCUGGAUAAUUCACCGUCAAGCGAUGUUCCAUCCGGAUCGGCCUUUAGAAAUGGCUGGCGUAAGCUGCGCACGCUCUUUCCAUAUUUAUGGCCUAAGAAGGAUACAAUGCUUCAAAUUUCUGUUAUUAUCUGCAUUGGAUUGCUCAUAGCCGGUCGUGUGAUUAAACUCUUUUUACCCAUUUAUCGAAAACUUUUGGUCGACAGUCUGACUAUUGAGCCAAUCUCAUUUCGUUGGGACUUUGUGCUUAUUUAUGUGACUUUAUCGUUCUUGCAAGGCGGUGGAACUGGUGGCAUGGGUCUGUUCAACAAUCUGCGAACUUUUUUGUGGAUUCGGGUCCAACAGUACACGACGCGAGAAAUCGAAAUUGAUUUGUUCCGGCAUUUGCAUCAGCUAUCGUUGCGUUGGCAUCUUCAAAGGAAAACGGGCGAAGUGCUACGUAUAAUGGAUCGCGGCACAGAUUCUAUCAAUAAUUUACUGAACUAUAUUGUUUUCUCGAUCACGCCAACCAUUCUCGAUCUGAUUGUAGCUGUGGUAUUCUUUAUCUACGCUUUCAACUGGUGGUUCGGCCUAAUUGUAUUCCUCACCAUGUUUCUAUAUAUAGCUUCCACCAUUGCUAUAACGGAGUGGCGUACUAAAUACCAGAGACGCAUGAAUCUGGCUGACAAUGAGCAGCGUGCUCGAAGCGUGGAUUCGCUGCUCAACUUUGAAACGGUUAAAUAUUAUGGAGCCGAGACAUAUGAAGUCGAUUGUUAUAGAGAUGCCAUACUUAAAUACCAAAAAGAAGAGUUUCUCUCAAUGCUGACGCUUAAUAUGCUCAACACCGCACAAAAUAUAAUACUCUGUCUGGGGUUGUUGGCGGGAUCUUUACUCUGCGUCUAUUUGGUCGUACAUCAUCAGACAUUGACGGUGGGUGACUUUGUGCUCUUCUCCACUUAUCUCAUGGAUCUUUAUAUGCCAUUGAACUGGUUUGGUACAUAUUAUCGUGCAAUUCAAAAGAAUUUUGUGGACAUGGAAAAUAUGUUCGAGUUGCUACGUGAGGAAGAAGAAAUUGUGGAUGCGCCAGGCAGUGCUCCAUUGCUUACAGCUGGUGGUGGCAUCGAGUUCAAUAAUGUCACAUUUGGCUAUUCACCAGAGAAGAUGGUGUUACGCAAUGUUAGCUUUACAGUACCUGCUGGUAAAACUGUGGCCAUUGUUGGACCUUCAGGUGCAGGCAAAAGCACAAUCAUGCGAUUGCUCUUCCGCUUCUAUGAUGUUCAAAUGGGCGCCAUUUCCAUCGAUGGUCAGAACAUCAAAUUGGUGCAACAGCAAAGUUUACGUAAAGCAAUCGGUGUUGUGCCUCAAGACACGGUGCUUUUUAACAAUACAAUUUACUAUAAUAUUGAGUAUGCCAAAAUAGGAUCAUCUGCAGAUGCAGUUUAUGAGGCAGCGCGCUCAGCUGAUAUACACGAAAGAAUCUUAGGAUUUCCCGAAAGCUACGAAACCAAAGUCGGUGAGAGAGGGUUGCGCUUAAGUGGCGGUGAGAAACAACGUGUGGCCAUCGCAAGAACUCUUCUUAAAUCUCCAAUUAUUGUUUUACUGGACGAGGCUACCUCGGCACUAGACACACAUACAGAACGAAAUAUUCAAGCUGCAUUAGCUCGAGUGUGUACGAAUCGGACGACAAUUAUUGUUGCUCAUCGCCUGUCUACAAUUAUACACGCAGAUGAGAUUUUAGUGCUAAAGGAGGGCCACAUUGUAGAGCGUGGCAGUCACGAACAGCUUUUGCAACGCGAUAAUGGCAUUUAUGCUGACAUGUGGCAACAGCAGUUAGAAAAUCUUGAUUCGGAACAAAACUUAGCAGAGAACACGGACCCAACUGUGCCUACCACAGGUCAAGGUUCGGGUGUAGAAGGCAAUGCUAACCUCACGUCAGGGAAUCAAUCAACAGCGCCAAACAAGAAUACCAAUUCAGGAAUAGAACAAUCGAGGCAUCGAUGGCAGUAAAACGCAUAAAACUACUUAGUUAUUAAGCUUAAAUUCCAUAAUAUUUGUUACUUGUGAUUUGUUGUACUUGUACAUGAGCAGCUUUUCUGAGUCCAAGAGUUUGUCUACUUUAUUGUAAUAUUUUAAUAAUAAACAUGUAAACCUAA